CUCAGAGAGGCUGAUGCCGUGCAGCAAGCAGUAGGUAAUGAGUCUUUGUGCAGAGUGAAGCUCUUGUCGCUGAACAAUAAAGCAUAUGGUACCAGCAAUAAAACACAGGGCUGGGAAAUUUCAGAAGAUUCCGCUGAACCAGGAGGAGCUGUACCGUCUGUGAUACUGACACAUUAUAAAAUGAUAAUCAAUUUAUUUUGGAUUCUAAUGAAUACAGAGUGCAUGGACUAAGACAUCAGCUAUUUGAACAGGUACAUGUGACAGCGCUGCAGCGAUGAGUGGAAUUUUAAAGAGGAAGUUUGAAGAAGUUGACGGCUCCUCACCCUGCUCUUCUGUGCGGGAAUCGGAUGAUGAAGUUUCCAGCAGUGAAAGUGCUGACAGCGGGGACAGUGUCAAUCCAUCCACUUCCAGUCACUUUACCCCAUCCUCCAUUCUCAAAAGGGAGAAGCGGCUGAGGACCAAGAAUGUGCAUUUCAGUUGCGUCACUGUGUACUACUUCACCAGGAGGCAAGGCUUCACAAGCGUGCCCAGCCAAGGUGGCAGCACCCUUGGCAUGUCCAGCCGCCACAACAGCGUGCGCCAGUACACGCUAGGCGAGUUCGCGCGUGAGCAGGAGCGACUGCACCGGGAGAUGCUACGGGAACACCUCAGGGAGGAGAAAUUAAACUCUUUGAAACUAAAGAUGACUAAGAAUGGCACUGUAGAAUCUGAAGAAGCUAGCACUCUUACAGUGGAUGACAUUUCUGAUGAUGAUAUUGAUUUAGACAACACAGAAGUAGACGAGUACUUCUUCCUACAACCCCUGCCAACAAAAAAACGAAGGGCGCUACUGCGAGCCUCUGGAGUGAAAAAGAUUGAUGUAGAAGAAAAGCAUGAGCUGCGAGCCAUCCGCCUGUCACGAGAGGACUGCGGCUGUGACUGCCGUGUGUUCUGUGAUCCAGAAACCUGCACCUGCAGUUUGGCAGGCAUUAAGUGCCAGGUGGAUCGUAUGUCCUUCCCAUGUGGCUGCACUAAAGAAGGAUGUAGUAACACAGCAGGUAGAAUUGAGUUUAAUCCCAUCCGUGUCCGGACUCACUUUUUGCACACAAUAAUGAAACUUGAACUGGAGAAAAAUCGGGAGCAGCAAAUCCCCACACUGAACGGCUGCCACGGGGAGAUAAGUGCUCACACUAGUUCCAUGGUCCCUGUCGCCCACUCGGUAGAAUACUCUAUCACAGACAAUUUUGAGAUUGAAACUGAACCCCAAGCUGCAGUACUGCACCUGCAGUCCGCUGAGGAAUUAGAUUGCCAAGGAGAGGAGGAAGAAGAGGAGGAGGAUGGGAGCAGCUUUUGCAGUGGAGUCACCGAUUCCAGCACGCAAAGUCUGGCGCCUAGUGAGUCAGAUGAGGAGGAGGAAGAAGAAGAGGAGGAGGAGGAGGAAGAGGACGAUGAGGACAAGGGAGACAGCUUUGUGGAAGCUCUGGGCACACAUGCAGAGGUUGUCCCACUUCCUUCAGUCCUUUGUUAUUCUGAUGGUACUGCCGUUCAUGAAAGCCACACAAAAAAUGCUCCUUUUUAUGCCAGUUCCUCAACUCUGUAUUACCAAAUAGAUAGCCACAUUCCAGGAGCUCCCAAUCAGAUCUCUGAGAACUAUUCAGAAAGAGAUACUGUCAAAAAUGGUACCCUUUCGCUGGUGCCUUACACCAUGACCCCAGAGCAGUUCGUUGACUAUGCCCGUCAAGCAGAAGAGGCCUAUGGUGCCUCCCACUACCCAGCUGCCAACCCAUCUGUGAUUGUUUGCUGCUCCUCUGCUGAAAACGAUAGUGGUGUGCCCUGCAAUAGCUUAUACCCCGAACACAGGUCCAAUCACCCUCAAGUGGAAUUUCACUCAUACUUGAAAGGCCCCUCCCAGGAAGGAUAUGUCUCUGCACUGAAUGGUGACAGUCACAUUUCAGAGCACCCUGCUGAAAAUUCUUUGAGCCUUGCCGAAAAGAGCAGAUUGCACGAAGAAUGCAUCAAAUCACCCGUGGUGGAGACUGUCCCUGUGUAGUAGCUGAAAUCAUUCCUAGGACCAACUCUUCUCCUAUUUAAAGCACUGUAUUGAAUUGGAUUUCCUGAGUGCAACAUUGUUUUUACUGAAGUCUAAGAAAACUUGGACUGUGGUUAAUCUUCCAGACUAUAUUUUGUUUUCUCCUUUCUAGCUACAUGACUGUGGCAGUGCACAAAUACAGUCUCUGUAAGGAUUUUAAAAGAUUUCAGACUGUUUUGAUAGAAAAUGCUAAAUUUUAAAAAUGCAUAUCUCACAGUUGCCUAUCUGUCAAACUGUGUGAAACCUGCCAAGCUGUGUAGAUCAGAGCUCCAAGUUUUGGAUUAUCGGGCCCGUGCAAGAUUGUUAUCUAAGACUGGGAAAUACAGUUUAAAGUCCUAAUUUUCAAUAUAUCUGAAGACGAAGGGGACUUUUUAAUGUAAAAGUUAUUAUUAUAAGUCAAAGAUUUAAUUGCCCCAUGUGUAUUUUAUUUAUAGUAGUCUAGAAGCCACAAUUCAAUGAAAAUGAAUAGCAGCAUGUUCAUUCAAACUGAAGAUGCAUAGCUAGGACCACAGAGCAUGCCCACUUGGAUUGCAUCUCGAUCCAUUCACAUUUUUAUGAUCAUUACUGAUCAGAUUUGCAAAUACUUUCCUAAGGGUGAAAUAGGCCUAUUUUUGCUAUUUUGGACAAAUAAAUGAGUGUAUAUGUGCAGGUCCUUCCACAGUUCUCUCUAAGGUUAAAAGUUAGGACAAUCCUGUGGUGAGGGUCUUCUUCAUUGCCCUCCCUCAGUUGACUCCAGAGAUGGAGGUAGAAGGAAUUGCCUUUCUUUUGUACACAGCAGCAUCUUCGUUCUUAGCUUGGACAGCACCUUUAAACUCUACCCCCUUCAUCAAAAUGCACUUUAGUGCCCCUUCACGAUACCUCGUGUGGGGUGGGGACUGACGACUCUUUGAAA